AUGGCAGCACUGUCAGGGAAGAUUAUCAGUCACUCUCUGGUGGCAAAAAGCUGCCAGCAGAAUAGGCAUUUCAACACCCAAUAUCAACCAGACUGUUGUAACCUUAAUAAACGCAACUUGCGUCCCUUCCUAGGAGGAAAUUUGGCUUGGAGUGCCAUCUCUGCCGUUAGGUUGCAUGGAAUUUCAAAAUUUAAUCGAGGAAUUGUGUACUGCAACGCUGCACUAUCUACUGCAGCAAUCUCAUCUGUUGAAAAAACUGAUUUUCUUAAGCUUCAGAAUGGGAGUGAUAUUCGAGGUGUGGCUGUAGCUGGUGUUGAGGGUGAACCUGUUACACUCACUGAACCAGUGACAGAAGCUAUAGCUUCUGCCUUUUGUGCAUGGUUACAGAAAAGAAAGAAGCCACAUUCUUCGAGACGACUGAGGGUAUCUAUUGGCCAUGAUUCUAGGAUAUCUGCACAGAAGUUACAGGAUGCAGUUUCUCGAGGAAUUUCCCGUGCAGGCCUUGAUGUCAUUCAAUAUGGAUUGGCAUCAACACCGGCAAUGUUCAAUUGCACCCUAACUGAAAAUGAAGACUUUCUGUGCCCAGCAGAUGGUUCCAUAAUGAUUACAGCAAGCCAUCUUCCCUACAACCGGAAUGGUUUUAAGUUCUUUACAAAUGCCGGAGGGCUUGGGAAGGCUGAUAUAAAAGAGAUAUUGGAGCUCGCCGCUGAUAUAUACAAAACUCUCACCAAUGAAGGCGCGGAACAGAUAGCUUCACAAUCAGUAAGAAAAGUGGAAUACAUGGAUAUCUAUACAUCUAAUCUUGUACAAGCCGUCCGUAAAGCUGCCGGAAACGUUGAAAAGCCAUUGGAGGGAUUCCACAUAGUUGUUGAUGCAGGAAAUGGAGCAGGAGGCUUCUUUGCAGGAAAGGUACUUGAGCCUCUUGGAGCUAUUACUUCUGGCAGUCAGUUCCUCGAGCCUGAUGGUAUGUUUCCGAAUCAUAUUCCCAAUCCGGAGGAUAAGGCUGCAAUGGAAUCAAUCACCAAGGCUGUCCUCAAUAACAAGGCUGAUUUGGGAAUCAUAUUUGAUACUGAUGUCGACAGAUCUGCUGCUGUAGAUUCCUCUGGUCGUGAAUUUAAUAGAAACCGGUUGAUUGCAUUGAUGUCUGCUAUUGUCCUCGAGGAGCAUCCAGGAACAACUAUCGUGACUGACAGUGUGACUUCGGAUGGGUUGACCACAUUUAUUGAAAAGAAACUUGGAGGAAAGCACCAUCGGUUCAAAAGAGGAUACAAGAAUGUCAUUGAUGAAGCUAUUCGUUUGAACACUGUUGGUGAGGAGUCACAUCUUGCUAUAGAAACUAGCGGGCAUGGAGCUCUGAAGGAGAAUCACUGGCUUGAUGAUGGUGCAUAUCUCAUGGUUAAGCUUCUGAACAAGCUUGCAUCAGCUAAAGCAUCCGGGAAAGGUGGUGGCAGCAAAGUUCUAACUGGAUUGGUUGAGGGUCUAGAUGAACCAGGUUUUGCUGUUGAAUUAAGACUGAAGAUUGAUCAGACCCAUGCAGAACUUAAAGGAGGAUCAUUUCGGGAAUAUGGAGAGGCUGUGAUAAAACAUUUGGAGAACGUAGUUGACUCUAACCCGAAACUACAGAAAGCCCCUGUUAACUAUGAAGGCGUGAGAGUUUCAGGGUUCGGUGGGUGGUUUCUUCUGAGGCUCUCUCUACAUGAUCCUGUUCUGCCACUUAACAUAGAGGCAUCUAGCAAGGAAGAAGCUGUGAACCUUGGCAAUGCUGUGCUAUCUGCAGUAAGAGAGUUCCCAGCUCUUGAUACGACUGCAUUGGACAAAUUUGUCCAAGCGUAA